CUUUCACCUUAGCCUUCUAUCUAUCCCCUCGCCGCAACUAACCAUUCAGCACCGGGGGAAUAUGAUGAGUUGCUCGUGUCGCACGACGUCUUUGAAGAUUUUCGUACAAAGCCUCACGGAACUUCGACUAUCUAAUUCUGCUAGGCAAAUCCAACCACGAUAUUCGAGAGCCAGCAACUUUCAGUCGCAGUUCGCCUUUGCCAGACCUUAUAGUGUCACCGCGGCCUUACAAUUCCCACGACAAAUAUUACAGGGACGAGCUUCGAAUUCACUAGACGCCGAUAAAAUCUCGGAAAUCACACAACAAAAACAUUCGGACGAUGCUACGGUAGAGGAGCCCGAUGUACCAGUGCUUAAUGUCUCUGCAGACAUUUUAGAUCGGGCGAAAAGUAAAGGUGCAAUCCUUGACUUCACCCCUGAAUCUAUCGACGCCCUCGUUUCCAACCUAGACAAGCCAAAAACCGAGACCCGUGGUCGGCGAAACAAACAUGCCGAGUCUGACGCCCGUGGCGAGUCGAAAUCAGACUCUGCACCACCCGUCGAGACCAAGAGGUUGAAGAGACUGAAGAUUAUGAAAGACGAGCCUAAGACGGCAUUCGAUACGCCGCGGCCCAUUAAGAAGGAACCAUGGCAGAUACAAAAAGAAGUCCUCAAGGCGAAAUUUCCAGAGGGCUGGCGGCCGCGCAAGCGGCUGUCGCCAGAUGCCCUCGAAGGCAUCCGGGCACUGCACGCGCAAUUCCCGGAAGACUACACGACGGAGGUGCUGGCGAAUAAGUUCAUGGUGUCACCGGAAGCCAUCCGGCGUAUUCUCAGGACUAAAUGGACGCCUACCCCCGAGGAGGAGAUGCACCGCACGCAGCGCUGGUUCAACCGUGGCAAGAACAUCUGGAGCCAGAUGGCUGCGCUGGGCAAGAAGCCGCCUCGCAAGUGGCGUCGCGAGGGUAUCGUUAGAGAUCCUUACUGGAAUAGGCCAAGGGGGCCGCGGACGCAGCCUCCAAGGCAGUCGAGGAAGUAUAGAGGGUUGGAGUAAUUACCUUGCUUGAGGGAUGGGAAUACCCGUAUAUUACGCCACUCUAUAAUGGAAACUUAGCUCGCAUUCGAAUUAUUCUAUAGUGAGGACUCUAUAUGACCUACGGUCGCAUCGUGAAUGCUUGGAUUGGGGUGGAGGUGGGAAGUACCAUAUCAAAAUACCUAAUCCAUAAAACAUUCACAUUAAGAUAUGUAUGCCUAGAACGCCGUUAAAAAGACAGUUACUACAGCAUGGGCCAUUAUCUUUUCGUAUUGUUUGCUG